CACCGAAAAAAAAAAAAUCUUUCCUUUUGGUCUCAGUGUGAGACAAUCGACUUCCUAAAAUCGAUGGCGACUGAAAAACCGAUUACUACGGAGACUGUUGCUCUCACAGAGAAGAAAAUGGACAUGUCUUUAGAUGAAAUUAUCAAGAUGGAAAAGAGCAAUACCAAUGUGAAUAAAGGCAAGAAACAGCGAGCAUCGAAUAAAAAAGAGAAAUUUAAUGGUGCUGCGAAGAAUAGUGCGGUGAAAGCACAGCAUUAUAUGGACUCUCGGUCUGAUGUUAGACAGCGUGCUUUUGCUAAGAAGAGGACUAAUUUCCAAGGAAACCAGUUUCCUGUAACAACAACCAUUGCUCGUAAAGCCGCUUCUGCUAAUCAACUCCGUGGUAGACCUUAUAAUGCUGGAAGGAUGACUAAUACGAAUCAAUCAAGGUUUAUCACUCCACCAGCUCAGAAUAGAGCUGCACAAAGAGGGUUUGUCGCUAAGCCACAGCAGCAGCAGCAAAGGGAGAAGAUAGAGCAGAAGCAAGCAAAUGGAGGAGGAGGUGGGCAGAGACAAUGGCCUCAGACGCUGGACUCUCGGUUUGCGACCAUGAAAGAAGAGAGAAUGAGAAUGAGAAGGUUUGCAGACAAUAGAAACAGUGUAGGCAACAAUGGCGCUGGAUUGCAGCAGCGUUUGAUGGUCCCGUGGGUGAGAAGAGCUACAAGAUUCCCUAACUGAUUUAUAAUCCACAAGAAUAGUGGCGUUUCUCGUGUAGGGUGAAUAUAUUUGCAACUUAUGCAGUUUGGUUUGGAAUCAAUGUUGUAGAACAUU